AUGGCUCAGCAACGCUCGCAGUGCAAGAUCACCCUGCCGAGCAUCAACGAAUUGUUUCCAGAACAUCUCAUGACUAUACCACCAGCGGGUACCUUCAGGUAUCCUUCGUCGACUUCUCCCGCUGAUCCUGGCGUGUGCGGUCCACCUAGCACAAAUAAUCAUUCUGCAGUGCAUUCCCCACGAACAUUGCCAUCGUCUGGAUUUGCGUCCAUGCCCAAUGUACGCGAUCACGUUCCCAGCAUCAAUGAUCGGGCAUGCUCGCAGGCAUUCCCGACCUACGCCACACCAUCCGCGUUCGUAAGCGCGCACGCCCAUGGCGGCAGCCAACAAUGCCUCGGCAGCUGCUGCGUGCCCGACGCCCGGGGAGACCCCAACGCAAGUGGAUCUACGCGCCCGGGUCACGCAGCCACAUCAUCGCAGAACGUGGCUUCCAGCGACGAUCCUGCCGUCCCGCCGCGCGUACCCACAGCUGGCGCAUUGGGCUACCCGCCAGCGUCUUCCGCUGACUCCGUGCUCGCGUCCAUCACCAAGGCGCGCCCGACAUUUCGCGUACAGCUGAACGCCCAGCCGGCGACAAUGCCUCCUUCUCUCGCAAUCUCAGCGCGCUCGAACCCCGACGGCCAUUCGAGUGCGGCCGAGCCUGCCUACGGCUACCUGUCAAACUACGCUGCGAAUACCUACCUAUCGGUGCCAAAUGUUCCAAGCAACAUCCGAACGCCACAGAGGCCAGCUCAGCAACAUUUGCUACCAGAGCACGGUGCCAGCUCGGAAGAGCGCCGACACCGUUGCCCGCAUUGUCACAAGCGGUUCAACCGUCCGAGCAGCCUAAAUAUCCACGUCAACACACAUACAGGAGCGAAACCGUUCGUCUGUCGGUAUCCCGGCUGCAACCGCACAUUCAAUGUCAACUCGAAUAUGCGACGACACUACCGUAACCACCUUACGACACGGCGGCGGGACACCGUUGCCAAGCUUGUCCGCCCGCCCUCGGCAUCCCCCUCUAUCUCCGCGUCUGCCUCGCCAGAGGAUCCGUACACGCAGCACCUCCCGUCUACCGCCUCCAGCUCCUCGCACACCUCUCCGCCGUCGUCCUACUACUCCGACCCAGAGGAGGAGCGACGUGCCGCGGAUGCACGCACAAAUGAGCAGUCCCAUGCGUACGACUAUAAAGUGGAUGAGGGCUCGGUCAGCGCGUACGUGCAGCGACCUGAAUCGUGCGUGCGCACCGACCGGUACCGCGUGCGCUCGCGCUCGUCGCCGACGCCGCGAUAUCAUAAUGAACAGGCUCGCCGGCUGGCGCAGUCGCAGUCGCAGCCCGCACCCAAUCUCCGGGAUCGCUCGACCUCCACGUCGAGUUCAAGCUGCACGAUCCCCGGGUGUACAUGCACUGUGACGAUAUCUACCGCGCUCCGGCCUGCGUUCCCCGAGUCCCUCCCGUCUCGCUCACCGUAUGCGAGGGAGCGCGUCGAGUACGAACGCGAGCGCGAGCGCUGGCGUUCGAGCUAG